AUGCUGCCCCCUGGCUUGGACUUCCUGGAGGAGGAGGCCCACCGGGCUGCACCAGGGAGCCCAGGCCUGGUGCAGCCGCCCCACCUCACCCACCCAGCACCCCGCGGCUCUUGGCUCUUCUCCCCACUCCUAUUGCCCGGCUGGCUGGGGCUUCGGGGCAGAGCUGGCCUGUUUGAGUUCCGGCCUCAAACGUACUAUGGCACUGAUUCCGGCAGCGAGGUGCUCCCUGAGUCCUUCCCAUCGGCGCCGGCCGAGCCGCUGCCCCACUUCCUCCAGGAGCCGCAAGACGCCUACAUCGUGAAGAACAAGCCGGUGGAGCUGAGCUGCCGCGCCUUCCCUGCCACACAAAUCUACUUCAAGUGCAACGGCGAGUGGGUCAGCCAGAAUGACCACGUCACGCAGGAGGGCCGGGACGAGGCCACGGGCCUGCGGGUGCGAGAGGUGCAGAUCGAGGUGUCCCGACAGCAGGUGGAGGAACUGUUUGGGCUGGAGGAUUACUGGUGCCAGUGUGUGGCCUGGAGCUCUGCGGGCACCACCAAGAGUCGCCGGGCCUACGUCCGCAUCGCAUAUCUGCGCAAGAACUUCGACCAGGAGCCUCUGGGCAAGGAAGUACCCCUGGACCACGAGGUUCUCCUGCAGUGCCGCCCACCAGAGGGGGUGCCUGUGGCUGAGGUGGAAUGGCUCAAAAAUGAGGACAUCAUUGACCCCACCCAGGACUCCAACUUCCUGCUCACCAUUGACCACAACCUCAUCAUCCGCCAGGCCCGCCUGUCAGACACGGCCAACUAUACCUGCGUGGCCAAGAACAUCGUGGCCAAGCGCCGCAGCACCACGGCCACCAUCAUCGUCUAUGUGAAUGGCGGAUGGUCCAGCUGGGCAGAGUGGUCGCCCUGCUCCAACCGCUGUGGCCGCGGCUGGCAGAAGCGCACGCGGACCUGCACCAACCCCACCCCGCUCAACGGAGGAGCCUUCUGUGAGGGCCAGGCCUUCCAGAAGACUUCUUGCACCACCGUGUGCCCAGUGGAUGGAGCGUGGACAGAGUGGAGCAAGUGGUCAGCCUGUAGCACCGAGUGUGCCCACUGGCGCAGCCGAGAGUGCAUGGCACCCCCACCGCAGAACGGAGGCCGAGACUGCAGCGGGACCCUGCUCGACUCCAAGAACUGCACCGACGGGCUGUGCAUGCAGAAUAAGAAAACUCUAAGUGACCCCAAAAGCCACCUCGUGGAGGCCUCGGGGGACGUGGCGCUGUAUGCCGGCAUCGUGGUGUCCAUCCUGGUGGUGGUGGCGGUCCUCAUGGUGGUGGCGGUGGUGGUGUACCGCCGCAACUGCCGUGACCUGGACACUGACAUCACCGACUCGUCCGCCGCCCUCACCGGAGGCUUCCACCCCGUCAACUUCAAGACUGCGAGGCCCAACCACCCACAGCUCCUGCACCCUUCUGUGCCCCCCGACCUCACUGCCAGUGCCGGCAUCUACCGCGGGCCCGUGUACGCCCUGCAGGACUCGGCCGACAAGAUCCCCAUGACCAACUCGCCCCUGCUGGACCCCCUGCCCAGCCUCAAGAUCAAGGUCUACAGCUCCAGCACCGCCGGCUCCGGGUCAGGCCUGCCAGAUGGGGCUGACCUGCUGGGGGUCCUGCCGCCCGGCACGUAUCCUGGCGACUUCUCCCGGGACACCCACUUCAUGCACCUGCGCAGCGCCAGCCUCGGCUCCCAGCAGCUCCUGGGCCUGCCCCGGGAGCCGGGGAGCAGUGUCAGCGGCACGUUUGGCUGCCUGGGCGGGAGGCUCAGCAUCCCCGGCACAGGGGUCAGCCUGCUGGUGCCCAACGGAGCCAUCCCCCAGGGCAAGUUCUACGAAAUGUACCUCCUUAUCAACAAGGCAGAAAACGCCCUCCCACUUUUGGAAGGGACCCAGACAGUAUUGAGCCCCUCGGUGACCUGCGGGCCCACAGGCCUCCUGCUGUGCCGCCCGGUCAUCCUCACGGUGCCCCACUGUGCCGAAGUCAGUGCCAGCAACUGGAUCUUCCAGCUCAAGACCCAGGCCCACCAGGGCCACUGGGAGGAGGUGGUGACCCUGGAUGAGGAGACCCUGGACACCCCUUGCUACUGCCAGCUGGAGGCCAGGUCCUGCCACAUCCUGUUAGACCAGCUGGGCACCUACGUGUUCACGGGUGAGUCCUACUCGCGCUCAGCCGUCAAGCGGCUCCAGCUGGCCAUCUUCGCCCCAGCCCUCUGCACAUCCCUGGAGUACAGCCUCAGGGUCUACUGCCUGGAGGACACGCCUGUAGCGUUGAAGGAGGUGCUGGAGCUGGAGCGGACCUUGGGCGGGUACCUGGUGGAGGAGCCCAAACCCCUGCUGUUCAAGGACAGUUACCAUAACCUGCGCCUCUCCCUCCACGACAUCCCGCAUGCCCACUGGAGGAGCAAGCUGCUGGCCAAAUACCAGGAGAUCCCCUUCUGUCACAUAUGGAGUGGCAGCCAGAGGGCCCUCCACUGCACCUUCACCCUGGAGAGGCACAGCCUGGCCUCCACCGAGUUCACCUGCAAGAUCUGCGUGCGGCAGGUGGAGGGGGAGGGCCAGAUAUUCCAGCUGCACACCACACUGGCAGAGACACCCGCUGGCUCCCUGGACGCCCUCUGCUCUGCUCCCAGCAGCGCACUCACCACCCAGCUGGGACCCUAUGCCUUCAAGAUCCCGCUGUCUAUCCGCCAGAAGAUAUGCAACAGCCUGGACGCCCCUAACUCGCGGGGCAAUGACUGGCGCCUGUUGGCGAAGAAGCUCUCCAUGGACCGGUACUUGAACUACUUCGCCACCAAAGCGAGCCCCACCGGUGUGAUCCUGGACCUCUGGGAAGCUCUGCAGCAGGAUGACGGGGACCUCAACAGCCUGGCCAGUGCCUUGGAGGAGAUGGGCAAGAGUGAGAUGCUGGUGGCCGUGGCCACCGACGGGGACUGCUGAGCCGCCCGACUGCGGGCUGCUAGGGACUGGCAGAGGAGUGCAGGGAGGUCCAGGCACCUCCUGUGUGGCAGUUCACCUCCGCUGCCCCCCAGUUCACAGCCGGGGUCACCCUCCUCCUCCUCCCUUGCCCUACCCCAGAUCACGACCAGCCUUAGGAAUCCAUGGACUCUGGUAUUCCUCUUCCCCCCACCCCCCUCCCCACCCCACCAUCUCUCCUGGCUCAGUCCUUCGUGCAGAAACCAGGGUGGGCUGAGGCCUCUGGAAACGGGAGUAAGGGGUGGCCCUCCCUCCACCCCGACCCUCUACCUGCAGCCCUGGUUUGUCUUUGUUUCGUUCUUGAUUUUCUUCCUCAGCUAAUGAUUUCUCCCUGCUCCCUAAGCCCUCUGUCUUCACACCAUUUUCCUCUUUGAAGAUCAGUCAAGUCCACAUGCUUUCUCCGUCCAAAAGCUAGAAGGAAAGGAAGCAAACUUGCUUCAGGAAGAAGAAAAACACCAAAACCACAAGGGAAAAGGAAAACCCAGUUUCUUAGGAAACGCAAAUGAUUUAUUAUCCAGGUAUUUGGAUAAGUCCUUUUUAAGAAAAAAAAGAGAAAAAGAAAAAACAACACAAAAAAAUAGGAAAUUCUUUUAUUGAGUGUGGGUGUGCUCACAGUUCUGGCCAGGAGCCAGUGUGUGUGUGUGUGUGUGUGUGUGAGAGAGAGAGAGAGAGAGAGAGAGAUUGAGCAUGGAGCACUGUGCUGCUGCUGACCCCAUCGUGGACUGAUUUUUACAAGGCCUCCGUAUCCCCAGUUGUAAAGGCUCAAAUCGUACACGUUGCUCUAAAGUCUUAAGCAGACGCUGCACACAGACAGCCAAGGCGCUCUGGAGUGGGGUGAGGUGGGGCUCUCCCUCCACGUCCCAGGCAGACACCCCCCCCUCCCCCCCGGGCUCCUCUGGGCCCUGAGAUGGAAUAUGUGGGCCACCCAGGCCAGCCGUGCGCCUUGGAGAUGGUUUCCAGCACCAGGAUCCGGUGGCUCCUGGGAGGGGGUGUGGCCCGGAAGCGGGGCCCUAGCAGAGAAAGGUGUGGGAGAUGAGCCCCCUCUACUCCACCCGAGGGUGGGGCCAGCCAGGGCCCCCUCCCAGCAGCCUCCGGAGCAGGUUGGCAUUCUCCUGAACCCAGGCGUCCAGGAGGCACCCUUCCCCAGCCUGUUUCUCUUCUGUAAGACAGAGGGGUGAUGAGAGGGCCUCGUGAGCAGCACAGCCUGUCUGGGCCUCGGUGUGGCUUUGAGAAGCGUGUGGGCAGCAGCCCUGCAGCGGGUGAUGGGAGUGGGUGGCCCGCCUGCGCAGGACAUGCUCUCUGCCCGCCCCGUGGAGGAGAGGGUUGAGGGCGCUUUCCCAGCUCUGGUCUCCCAGGCACCUCCCUGCCUCCUCCUCACCCUCCCUCUGCUCUGGGAGAUCCUGAGUAGGUCACCUUCGAACAGGAAGGGCUGCCAGAGUGGAGGGCUGCACCCCCUCACCAGCCUGGACCGGGAUGUCCUGAGGGGCCAGCAGGGUCCCGACUCGGGGAGGGACCCAUCCCGGGCCCUUGGCAGCUGACGAUGGCUGGGAUCAGGCUCCUGCAGCUGGCACGGAGACCUCAUCAAAGGCCUCUCCUUGGCACCCGGGCAAGGCAAGUGCCAGCUCGCCAAUAGCUCCAGGCACUGGCCCCGUGGCUUGCCCCAGCAGGCCCAGCUGCAGCCGCCGGGACCAGCCUGGGCACCGCCUCGCCUUUGAAAGGAUGCUUUAGGGCUGCAGUCCAGCCAGCGUCCCCAGCCUGGCUUCCUGCCACCUCAGGGUGGGGGUCGGCUGUGGGCAGAUGAGGUCCUGCUCCGAGUUUGAGAGAGGAGUCCCUGUGUCGGGACUGAGGGGGACAGGCCUGCCUCAGGCUGGGGCCCCGGCUCCUGACCCAGGGCCCAGGUGCUGCUGCCUCCCUGGGGCUCAGCCUCCCUGGUCACUCCCAGCCCACACUAGGGGGCCUGCGUGACAGCGAGGAGCUGGCAGCAUAACCAGUGCCACCAGGCUUCACGGUGCCCUUCCCAUCACCGGCUCUAGAAUGGCCUUGGGCACCUGCAGCCCCAGGCCAGCACUCAGCCUUCAGCUGUGCCGUGGAGCCGUGGGACCUCGGGCAUAUGGCUGCCUGCUCUGGGCCUAAUUUCCUCUCUGUACCUGGAGGGCCCCGCAGCUGCUGUUUGAGGCUGUGGGCUCUGACGCCAUCAUUCUAGGCUUUGGGUGGGAACCCCGGUGGGUAGACAUUCUGUGCUCCGCCUGCCCCAACCCACCCUCAAGCUUGCUCAGUGCCUGGGACAAGAGCUCUUUGUGGAGGAGGCCAGGCCACCUGUUUCUAAUCUGAUUUCUGGAAAUUAUGCCCCAGGGCCUGGCGCCCAGAACCCAUUGGCUGGGGCCUCCUGGGAAGGCUCACCGCCCGGCUCUGUAAGAAAAGCCAGGGAGGUGUUUUCUGGCUCCGCCAAUCUACCGAGGCUGCUGUGCCUGCUCCCACGCUGCCCGCCUCAGGUGGGAGCGAGGCAGCCCCACGUGCCCAGGUGCGCUGAAAGCAGCAGGUUAGGUCUCACUGCGGGGCCUGUGUGGCCCUCACGUGGGCAUCUCUGUCUCUCUCAUCUCGGUAUGUUUGUGCUCGCGCAUGUGUGUGCGUGUGUGUGCACGUGCUGUGCGUGUGUGUGUGCGCGUGUGUGCACGUGCUCUGCGUGUGUGCUUUUAUUCACACGGGCACAUCAGGGCUCCCCUCCGGAAGCGUGUCCCCACUCGCAGGAGUGUGCCCUCCUCGAGCCCCCCGUUGGGACAUGCAGAGGCUGGCGUGCCUGUUUGCUGCCCCCUCUGAGUCCACAGGGUCCGUCGGUGUAUCUUCUACGUGCCUCUCCCUCUGCCCUCUCGUGAAGUGCCCCGGGGUCGAGUCCGGGCCAGGGGUCCUUCUGAGGGCACGAGAACCUGCCCAUCUCCCGGAUGAUCCAGGGCCCGCGGCCCCCUCCCCCCACACUGGCAGCUGAGCCAGGUCCCUUAGCAGGUCCCCUGAGGGGAGGUGAUUCAGGAGCUCGGGGUCAGGGAGCAGCUCUCCUGGGGGCAAAGGGCUGGACCCCCUGCCUGGGCCGCAUCCGGGGGCUGCAGGGCUGCAGGAAUGGCCCCCAUCCCACCUGUUUAUUCUGUAAACUACAGCCUGUAAAUAACAUUUAGCAUUCCUAUUGUAACAAAAUUAAUUUUUAUGAAAUAAAUUAUAUUUCCUAGUCUAAUAAAAAAACAAAAACAAAA